AGGUAAAACCUAUUUUGCUUCACGAGUGCUCCUCAGUUGGGAACAACUGAGACGUUCCUUUGGGAAUGUGUGGAAAAAGCGUCCAUUCACGGAGGCACCUGUUGCCGUCUCACCGCUGUCAUUAGUUGUGAGGACAGAACAACGAAGAAGGAGCAUCACUCCAGCGUGGACCACAUGGAGGGGCAUAUUGAGACCAACUCCACCGGGUAUCACUUUGACAAUGGCCCAGCCAGAGUGCAAAGUAGCCUUGUGUUCUCCAGACCGGUUUUUGCCAUUUUAAUGGUGAUGAUGGUGACUUUGGUGGUGGUGACAGUUUUGGGGAACGCACUGGUCAUGUUUGCCUUUAAAAUGGACAAGAGUCUGCGGAGGCAGUGUAAUUACUACUUCCUGAAUUUGGCUAUAUCUGACUUUCUCGUGGGAGCAUUCUGUAUCCCGGUCUACAUCCCCUACAUCCUGACUGGAAGGUGGACGCUGGGCAGAGGACUGUGUAAGCUGUGGCUGGUCAUGGACUACCUGCUUUGCUCCGCAUCCGUCUUCAGCAUCGUCCUCAUCAGCUAUGACCGCUUCUUGUCAGUCACCAGAGCAGUGAGUUAUCGGGCCAGACAGAGCAUGUCUCAUCCAGCCAUCAUCAAGAUGAUUGCUGUGUGGGUCCUAGCCUUUGUCCUGUACGGCCCGGCCAUCAUCUUCUGGGAGCUAGUGGUGGGUCAAAGUCGGGUGCCAGAGGAUGAAUGCUUUGCAGAGUUCUAUCACUCCUGGUACUUCCUGCUGUGUGCUUCCAUGCUGGAGUUCUUCUCUCCAUUCAUCUCGGUGGCUUUCUUCAACCUCAGCAUUUAUCUUAACAUACGCAAAAGGAGGCUCCGCUGUCGGGAGGCUCAGCUCAACCUUCAGCUGGCUGAACCCAUGUCCACUCAGGGGGAAGGUAUCCCCUUGUCCCACACUUGGAGGAUGGGGGGUAAGCUGGGUGUGCGAGGCUCCAUCCAUUCCCCAGCUUCCUCUCCCAAUUUGGGCAAAGUGGAUCUAUCGAGCAGCAGGGUGGCCCAGCCUAACCGUCUGUCCAGAGAUAAGAAAAUUGCAAAGUCCCUGGCCAUCAUUGUGUGUGUGUUUGCCAUCUGCUGGGCACCGUACACCCUACUGAUGAUCAUCCGUGCUGCCUGCAGAGGGCGAUGCAUCCCGCAUCACUGGUAUGAGGUCACCUUCUGGCUCCUGUGGCUCAACUCUGCCAUUAACCCUUUCCUCUACCCACUGUGUCACAGCAGCUUCCGUAGGGCCUUUGCUAGGAUUCUAUGCCCAAAGAAGCAUCGUUCGACUACUCCCCCUUUAUCUGUCCUUCAAGCUAGCCACUGACCAUAUGCUAAAAACUGUGAAGUAUUAGAACACAUCAACUCUGUUCUAUAAUGCUGUAUAUCAGGGCUCACCAACACGGUCCGUGCGGGCACCAGAGAGCCCCCCCACGACCACACGAGGUGCCCGCAAGCCUGCUUUUCAUCCAGGUUUUCACUUAAUAAUAUGAGUUCUAGAUAUCAACAUUUUCUUAAUGUUCUGGCAAAAAAAAGCAUAUUCAGUGUGAACUACAUGAAAAUGAGUAGCUCUCGGCCAUUUUCAUUUUGUAAACAUAGCUCUCACAAGGGAAAAUGUUAAAAAUAUAUUUUUAAUGGUGUUUUCACACACCAUAAAUAUGUUAAAUGUUUGUUGUUGCAAACUGUCACUGUAAUCUUUUAGACAAACUAACCCUUGAUUGUAUACUAUGACUGUACUUGCAUGAAGGAUCAAUGUUGCUGUCACUGUGAUGUUGCCAGUAAGUACAAGUGAAUGGAAAAUACAUACAAGUUAUCAUUGUCAUAAAAUGUAUUUUCCUCUCUCGGCUUUGCCAUUAUUACUCUUAUAAAGGACUAUAAUAUACUAUACAAACUGAAUGAAUAAUAAAAUUCAGAACUGUUGUACUGCACAAAAAAAUGCAUAAAAAGAACAAAACAUGUUUACAAGUACUGUACCACUCAACUGUGAGAUCAGGGUGUGUGUUCGUCUACGUGCCGCUAGAUGUCGCCAUUCAUCUUUGAAGCUUUUUACUCUGAGCAAAGCGCCACAGCUUCAAAGUUUUUCUCGUUGACCCAAAUUGCUCUCUCACUGCAGUGUGUGUGUGUUUGAAUUAAUACUUAAAUGCAAAACAGUAUGUCUCUGCACCAACUUUGUGUGUUAUUUUAAGCUCCAGACAGACAAUAUAUCUUAAUAAUCCUUGGAAAGAAAA